CCGUUGAACCGAACCCAGCCGAACACACUCCCUCCCACUCUCUCAACAGAAGUCAAACUCACAUCAAACCCCACUCUCUCUCUCUCUAUCUCUACUUUUCAUCUUCCCCCAACCCACCAAAUCCAACCCCGCACCCCUCACGGCGGCCCGGCCUCUCCACUGAUCCCCUAUUAAACCGCCGCCGCCGCAGCCGUUGCCGACCCCUCAUCAUGGCUCUCCUCUCCGCCCUCCUCGACCGGAUCCUCACGCGCCGCCCCCGCCCCCUCCUCCUCUACGCCGCCGCUUGGACGGCCCUCCUCACCGCCACCGUCGCGGUGGCCUCCUUCUCGCCCGAGCUCGCCUUCGUGUCCGCCGUAUCGCCCUCGUCCGCGUUCACGCGGGAGUGCGGCGGCGGCGGCGGCCCCAGCCCGGACGACGUGGUGCGGGUGCCGGUGGACCUGCCCGGGGAGGUCGUGUGCCUGCCCGCCCACCUGUUCUCGAGGUCCCGGGCCGACCUGGUGGUGCCGCCGGUCUUCGCGGCGGUCGUCGUGGCCGGGUCAGCCCUCGUGGUCAGGGCUCUGGCUUUGGGCGAGGAGGACGACGCCCCUCCGUUCUGAUGAUCGUCGUCGGAGAUUCUUUGGAUCAUGCUUUUAGUAAUAUUUGUAUCUCCGCAUCUUUUCGCGGAGGAAUCGAUUUCUUUCCUCUCAUGAUUCUCUCUCUUGUGUACUGAAUCUUCUGUAGAUGAUGGUGAUACUGUACGAACUGCAUAAUGAAUAAAAAGGGUGGAAGGAGAAACCAUUUGAAUUCA